AACGAGUGGGCAAGGCGGAGAGAACCGUAGAGCUGUCUUUGAGUCCCAACUAGUUGGGCGGCUUCCCAGCAAGCAAGCAAGGUUUGUUUGGCUAGGCUUGGGGUGCGGCGCCAAGAUUGAUUUGCAAAACUCUCUCCUAUGCGAGUGCGCAGGCAGGGGAAUGGGAAGACAUUCCUCGGAGAACAACAGGGCUUGUCACGAUCCCGACCGGUUAGGUUUGGUUGGUCCCUCCGGCUCGAUGUUUGCGCGACGAUGCCUCUCCCUCGGCCGGGGCGACAGGAGACGGUCCAGGCCUCGACCGGCGCGGCGCGGCGCGCGCGGCCUCGCACACACGGGAUCGUCGCAGGCGCGCACCGCAAGACGUGAAGCUAUUCGCAACGCGACUCGCGCAGUCAGUCCUAAGCGCACCUGGUCGUCGCCGCACACCCUUCCACUGCCACUUCGUCCGUCGUCGCGACGAGCCAGCAGUGGUGACGACGUCGCCGUCCGGUCUCCC